AUGGGUUCAGUCGAUAUCCCCAAGCUACAAAAAGCCGCCGUUAAGGUCGGCAGUGGAGAUGAAGCCAGAGCGCCAGUGAAGGAGGUUGAGGUUCCCCAACCAGGCCCAGGACAGGUUCUGGUCAAGAUCAAUUGGACCGGUCUCUGUGGCUCCGACAAAUCACUGCUCCACGAUGAAUGGUCGUCAUUCGGCGUUGCCAUGCAGCCGGCGACCAAAGGGAUAGCUGGUCACGAGGGUGCCGGUACAAUCGUCGCCGUCGGCGAGGGGAUGGAACACAAGUGGAAGGUCGGCGACCGGGCCGGCAUCAAAUGGGUCUGGAGCACCUGUGGCGAAUGCGAGUUCUGCACCAAUGGCACCGACGAGUUGCAUUGCCCUAAACAGAUCAACGCCGGGUUCACUGCCGCCGGCACGUUCCAACAAUACGCCGUGAGCGACGGCAGAUAUACCACGCGGAUCCCAGACGGUGUGGCCGACGAAGAAGCCGGGCCGAUCAUGUGUGGUGGUGUCACGGCGUACACGGCUUGCAAGCGAAGCAAUGUCCGCCCAGGACAAUGGCUGGUCAUCGGAGGCGCCGGUGGCGGUCUUGGUCAUCUUGCUGUACAAUAUGCGAAAGCUAUGGGAAUGCGAGUCAUUGCCAUCGACGGCGGCGACGCAAAGAAAGAACUAUGCAAGAAACUCGGCGCCGAAGAAUUCAUCGACUUCACCCAGAUCAAGGACACUGCUGCAGAGGUGACGCGGAUCACCACAUACGGCGCUCACGCCGUCAUCGUCACAGCCGCCACCAGAGCGGCUUACGAGUCUGCCCCGACCUUGCUGCGACCGGGUGGCACCGUCGUCGCGGUCGGUCUGCCCAAGGACUCGACCGUCCUGGCGGGCGCGCCUCCGAUGAUGCUGUGCUUGAAAAGGCUGAGCAUUGUCGGCAGUGUCGUUGGCACCUUGAAGGAUGUUGAGGAAGCUCUUGACUUUACUGCCCGAGGGUUGGUCCACCCAAUCUUGUCCAAGGGGACGCUUGAGGAUGUGGAUAAGUAUAUCGAGCAGAUGAUCGCUGGCAAACUUGCUGGUAGAGCGGUGCUGAAGGUGUCAUGA